AUUUUCAAAUAUUGUUAUAUUGUGUAAUCACCGCAUCAUCUUAAUCAACAAGUAUCCAUUAAACAUUAAAAAGCAAUUUCACUAUCAGAGCUGGACUACCUGAUCAUCAUUAGGACAUUGAUAUCUAUAUUGACACACUGACAAUAUUUCAAUUAUGGAUACAAAUAUAUCAACAGCUUCAACUAUUAAAAGUCAUAAUAAAUACUUUUGUAAUCAAGAGUCACCUUAUUAUGAUAAAGAAAUUUGUGAGUUGCUGUGUAAUAAUGCUGAAAAAGAUGAAAUAGACAUUAGUGAGAAAGAAUUAACUAUUCUUCCAAGAGAUUUAUUCCAUGGUCUCGAGAAUCUUGAACUUGAGAAAUUAAAUAUCAGCAAGAACAAGCUGACGACACUACCAAAAGAUAUCUUCAAGCCUCUUGAUAAUCUUCGUAAGUUACAAAUAAAUUCCAACGAAUUAAAUUAUCUAGAUUCAAGUAUUUUCUAUGAUUUAUUACAACUCAAAAAACUUGAUCUCAGUGAAAACAAACUGACAGCAUUAUCAAAAGAUAUAUUUAAUGGUCUACAAGAUCUAUGUGUUCUACGUUUGAAUUCAAAUCAACUAAGUUACCUUGAGCCAGGUAUUUUUGAUGAUUUAUUAAGCCUAAAUAAUCUUUAUAUCAGCAAAAACAAUCUCACAGUUUUAUCAAAAGAUAUAUUUAGUAAUUUAAAAGAGCUUGAAACUCUUGAUUUAGGCUCGAACAAACUACAAAAACUCGAGUCAGGUUGUUUUGAUAGUUUAUCACAACUUGACUCACUUAAUAUUGGAAACAACGCUCUGACAACAUUAUCCAGAGGUGUAUUCAAUAAUCUUGAAAAUCUUGUGGAACUAGAUCUAAAUUCAAACAAACUGCAUAAUCUUGAGUCAGGUUGGUUCAAUGGUUUAUCACAGCUUGUGGAGCUUAAAAUCGACAACAACGGUCUGACAACAUUGUCCAAAGGUGUAUUUAUUGAUCUUGAAAAUCUUACGACACUAAUUUUGGAUUCAAACAAUCUACAAAAUCUCGAGUCAGGUUGCUUCAAUGGUUUAUCACAACUUGAGGAACUUAAUAUCAGCAACAACAGUUUGACAACAUUACCUGAAGGUGUGUUUCAUAGUCUUGAAAAUCUUGAGUCACUACAUUUGGAUUCAAACAAACUCCAAAAUCUCAAGUCAGGUUGUUUUGAUGGUCUAACAAAACUUGAGCUGCUCAGUAUCAAAGACAACAGUCUGACAUCAUUAUCCAAAGGUCUAUUUAUUGGUCUUGAAAAUCUUGAGACACUAGAAUUGGAAUCAAACAAACUCCAAAAUCUCGAGCCAGGUUGUUUCGAUGGUCUAAGGAAACUUAAGCUGCUCGAUAUAAAUAACAACAGCCUGACAGAAUUAUCUAAAGGUAUAUUUUUUGAUCUUGAAAAUCUUUUUUUUCUUGGUUUACAAUCGAACAAACUACAAAAUCUUGAGUCAGGUUGUUUCGAUAGUUUAUCGCAACUUGAACUGCUUGAUGUCAGAGACAACAGUUUGACAACAUUAUCCACAGGUUUAUUGAAUAGUCUUAAAAACCUUGAGUUACUCUAUUUGAGUUUCAACAAACUGCACAAUCUUGAGGUAGGCUGCUUCAAUGGUUUAUCACAACUUGGGGAGUUGAGUAUCAAAAACAACAGCCUGACAUCAUUAUCCAAAGAUUUAUUUAUUGGUCUUGAAAAUCUUCAGAAACUAUAUUUAGAUUCAAACAAACUAGAAAGACUUGAGCCAGGUUGUUUCAAUGGUUUAUCGAAAGUUAAGGAACUUACUCUCAGCAAUCACAGUUUGACAAAAUUAGCCAAAGGUGUAUCUAUUGGUCUUGAAAAUCUUCAGAGACUAUAUUUAGAUUCAAACAAACUAGAAAGCCUUGAGCCAGGUUGUUUCGAUGGUUUAACAAAACUUGAGCUGCUUCAGAUCAGCAACAACAAUUUGACAACAUUAUCCAAAGAUAUAUUUAUUGGUCUUGAAAAUUUUAAAACACUAGAUCUGGAAUCAAACAAACUACAAAAUCUCGAACCAGGUUGUUUCGAUGGUUUAUCACAUCUUGAGUAUCUCAGUUUCAAAAACAAUAGUCUGACAACAAUAUCCAAAGGUGUAUUUAAUGAUCUUAAAAAUCUCAGGAUACUACAUUUGGAAUCGAACAAAUUACAAAAAUUCGAGACAGGUUGUUUUGAUGGUUUAUCGCAGCUCAUGUCGCUCCGUGUCGACAACAACAGUCUGACAUUAUUAGCCACAGGUGUAUUUAAUGAUCUUGGAAAUCUUUUGGAACUAAAUUUAGAUUCAAACAAACUGCAAAAUCUUGAGUCAGGUUGCUUCAAUGGUUUAUCGCGACUUGAAAAGCUUGAUAUUAGAAACAACAGCUUGACAAUAUUAUCCAAAGGUAUAUUUAUUGGUCUUGAAAAUCUUCAGCAACUAUCUUUGCAUUCAAACAAACUAGAAACUCUUGAGUCAGGUUGUUGCGAUGGUUUAUCAAAAGUUAAGUGCCUCAAUUUCAGCUACCAAAGUUUGACAACAUUAUCCAAAGGUGUAUUCAUUAGGCUUAAAAAUCUUGAGACACUAAAUUUAAAUUCAAACAAACUACAAAUUCUUGAAUCAGGUUGUUUCGAUGGUUUAUCAAAUCUCAAAUGGCUCAGUGUUGAACACAACAGUCUGACAAUUUUAUCCAAAGGUGUAUUUGAUGGUCUUAAAAAUCUUAAGCAACUACAUUUAAAAUUCAACAAACUAGAAAAUCUUGAGUCAGGUUGUUUCAAUGGUUUAUCAAAAGUUGAGCGCCUCAAUAUCAGCAACAACAGCCUGACAACAUUAUCCAAAGGUAUAUUCGUUGGUCUUGAAAAUCUUAGGACACUAGAUUUAGAAUUAAACAAACUACCAAGUCUUGAGACAGGUUGUUUUGAUGGUUUAUCACAUCUUGAAUGGCUCGGUGUCGGAAACAAUAGCCUGACAACACUAUCUGAAGGUGUAUUUGAUGGUCUUAAAAAUCUUAACAUACUAGAUUUGGGAUCAAACAAACUACAAAAUCUUGAGUCAGGUUGUUUUAAUGGUUUAUCACAUGUUCGAUGGGUUGGUGUUGGAAACAAUAGUCUGACAACAUUAUCCAAAAGUGUAUUUAAUGAUCUUAAGAAUAUUAGAAUACUAGAUUUAGAAUCAAACAAACUACAAAAACUCGAGUCAGGUUGUUUCGAUGGUUUAUCACAACUUAAGUCCCUUAGUAUACAAAACAACAGUCUGACAACAUUAUCCAAAGAUAUAUUUAAUGAUCUUGAAAAUCUUAGGACACUAGAUUUAGAAUUAAACAAACUACAAAGACUUGAGACAGGUUGCUUCAAUGGUUUAUCACGACUUGAGGAGCUUAAUAUCGGCAAAGGCAGUUUGACAACAUUAUCCAAAGGUGUAUUCAAUAGUCUUGAAAAUCUUGAGUCACUAUAUUUGGGUUCAAACAAACUACAAAAUCUCGAGUCAGGUUGUUUCGAUGGUCUAAUAAAACUUGAAGGGCUUCACAUCGACACCAACCAUUUGACAUCUUUAUCAAAAGAUAUAUUUAAUGGUCUACAAAAUCUACGUCAUCUAUUCUUGAAUUCAAAUGAACUGAGUUACUUUGAGCCAGGUAUUUUCGGUGAUUUAUUGAACCUUUAUAUGCUUGUUAUCAGCGAAAACAAUCUCACAACUUUAUCGAAAGAUAUUUUUAGCAAUUUGAAAAAGCUUUAUUUUCUUCAAUUAGGAUCCAACAAACUAAUAAAUCUUGAGGCAGGUUGUUUCAACGGUUUACCACAACUUACUUCACUUGACAUGAGCAGUAACAAUCUGACAACUUUAUCGAAAGAUAUAUUUUGUAGUUUAAAAAAGCUUCGUUAUCUUCAUUUAAAUUCGAACGAACUGUACAAUCUUGAGUCAGUUUGCUUCAAUGGUUUAUCACAACUUAAGAAGCUUAAUAUCGGCAAUAACAGUCUGACAACAUUGUCCAACGGUGUAUUUAAUAGUCUUGAAAAUCUGGAAAAACUAUGUUUGGAUUCAAACAAACUGCAAAAUCUUGAGGGAGGUUGUUUCGUUGGUUUAUCACAACUUCAGAAACUUUAUCUCAGCAGCAACAAACUGAAAACUUUAUCAAAAGAUAUUUUUAAUGGUUUAUCAAGUCUCCGUAUUCUAAAUUUAAAUUCGAAUGGACUACAAAACCUUGAGUGUGGUAUUUUCAAUGGUUUAUCACAACUUGAAGAACUUGAUAUCACUGAAAAUGAAUUGACCAAUUUAUCAAAGGAUAUAUUUAAUGGCCUCUCAGAAUCUUUAUCAUCUCGAUUACGUUCUGAAUUAACUGAAUAA